UUGUUGUUAAGGUGAUUGUAGGUUCCAGCGGGCGUUCCUGAAGUAGGCUGAGCGCUUUCAGCUCCGAGAAAUAAAGCAAAGAGGUACAAAUAUUUUCCAGCGUUUACUGCUUUCGAAAGGAAGAAGUAUCACCUCUGUGUCCAGGGAAAACUUCUGUUGGCACCCAGUGAAGUUUGUCCAGGAAGCUGACAUCAUGCCGAAAAAAUCAAGUCACCCUCCCCCAUAUGGCGACAGACAUCACCACAGAACCUCCCGUCGCACCCAUUCUUACCACCCUGAUGAAAUGCUUCACUUUUACCGCUGGACGUCACCCCCAGGUGUGAUGAAGAUUUUGUGCAUCAUAAUAAUCAUUAUGUGUGUGGCUAUGUUUGCCUGCGUGGCCUCCACACUUGCAUGGGACUAUGAUGCAGACAACAUGGGGCUUGGUGGUCUUGGGAUGGGUGGCUCUGUCAGUGGAGGGUACGGCGGUGGAUAUGGAGGAGGCUAUGGAGGGGGAGGUAGCAGUGGGGGUCUCGGAGGCUAUGGAGGAGGCACGUACAUGGAUCCGAAAUCAGGCAAGGGCUUCAUCAUCGCGAUUGCAGCAAUCACCUUCAUCACUGUGCUCAUCAUCUUCAUCCUGGUGGUGUCGAGGCAGAACACUGCACAAUCUCCCUCAUUCUAUCUGGCCUCCAUAAUCAUUUGUGCCAUACUGGCUGGACUCAUGCUCAUCGCUAGCAUCGUGUACCUUGUCGCUAUUAACCCCACUUCUCAGACAUCUGGAUCCAUGAUGUAUAGCCAGAUAUUGCAGCUGUGUGCACAAUACAAGAACCAAGAUCAGGCCUCUGGGAUCUUCAUCAAUCAAUAUUUAUACCACUACUGUGUAGUGGAGCCUGAAGAGGCCAUUGCCGUUGUUCUCGGAUUUCUGGUGGUGGUUGGGUUAAUCAUCCUACUUGUGUUCGCGGUGAAGACCCGAGGGCAGAUAAGGAGAUACGGCAUGGACCGCGUUCUGUGGUAUGAUGUGAAGACCAUCACAGAUGGCCUCACUUCUCAAGGCAUUGGGGAAUGGGUUAAUAAUGUGUCUGGACAUCCAGAGGCUUUUGUCAGUGACUCCAAUGACAAAAUCGGUGUUGCACAGCCAAUGGUUUACAGCCAGAAACCAAUUUACCUUCCAAGUAGUGGUUCUGACUUAACCAGCUCUUUGAGUGGGCUGAAGGGCAAACUGAGAGACUAUGACACUGGAGAGUCUGGAGAUGAGCUAGAGACGGAUUGUGAAAUUGAGUAUCCUCCCAUCAUUAAUGAGCAGGAGAGGCUUGAGUACAAGAGAGAGUUUGACAGGGAUCACAUGGAGUAUAAGCGUCUUCAGGCUGAGCUAGAUGAUAUUAAUCAGGGCUUGGCGGAUGCAGAUCGAGAGCUGGACAGAUUACAGGAAGGCAGCCCACAGUUCCUGGAUGCCAUGGAUCAAUACAACAGGCUCAAAAGUUUAAAGAAGUCUGAAGACUAUCAGAGGAAAAGGAAAAGGUGUAAACUGCUAAAGAGAAAACUCUCCCUCAUCAAAAGAAGGGUCAGCGACUAUGACCACAGACAAUAAAAACCUGGCACUGGAAACUCAGCAAGGCACAUUAUGUCACAUGAUGGUUUUGCUUUGGGACUUUAUCUGUAUUUCUGUAUUAAAAAUCUGUAUCAUUGUAUUAUUAUCAAGAGAAUGUAUGGCUGAUGUUUUAUAUAGACAGGUUUUUGCUUUUGAGCCAAACUAAA